AUGCCUCCAAAAGGCCCUCGGCGAGUAGUGCCUCAGCCGACACAACUUCCACCAAAACCGCCUCCACCAACAAACACACCAUCCACAGCUCCUCGUCCAAUAAUCAACACAACAUCGGGUGUAACGAUUUCGGUUCACCCAAUAUGGCCAGAUAUGCAAUACACCCAAGGCGAACUCUUCUUCGAAUGUACAUUGUUUCUCUAUUCAGUGCUGGCACUGUUCCUGCAAUAUCUCAACAUCUACAAAACCCUCUGGUGGCUUCCAAAAUCAUAUUGGCACUAUUCACUCAAAUUCCACCUUAUAAACCCAUAUUUUCUGUCAAGUGUGGGGCUUUUAUUAGGAUGGCGGGUGACAAUGUGCUUCUGGAAGACUAUCACCGAUCUGAUCGCCACAAUUUCUGUAAAUCAAUCGCAAUUUGUACAAUCCUGUUUCAUGAUAAUCGAAUAUGCAGCCAUCAAAACACCAUUGAUGACACUUAUUGUAACUAGUUUUCUUUUCAGGUAAAAAUUUGCAGAUUUUCUCUUUUUUUUUUUUUUUGAAAAAAUUAGAAAUUAGUGAUUUUCAGUUUUACACGAGUUUGUCAUGAUUAUCCAUCAGAUUCUGUUCUCUACUUUUUCUUCCCGUAAGUCAGACUGGAAAGAGAAUUUUGAGAGAAAUCUUGGAAAUUUCAGAGUUAUGAUCUACAUUCUGAUUUUCUUCUCUGAAAUUAUUUCGUGGUUCGGAAGGCUGAAACGAUUAUUGGGACAAUGGAGCAGGUCUGAAAUUGACGCGGGAACUGUGAGUUUUCAAAAGAAAAUCGGGGGUUUUGGGGAGAAAAGUUAAAAUUUGAAAAUGUAUUAAUUGACGUGGAAUUUUGAAAAAAAAAUCAUUUUCAAAUUGAAAAUUUUGAUUUUUAACAUCAAAAUUAUAUACUUAUUUUGGUAAAAAUUAUAAAAAUUAAAAAAUCUCGCGUUUUUUUGGCACAAAAAAUAUAAAAUCUAGCUAGAAAUUCAGGAGCAUUUUCAAAAUUUCAUUGAAAAAUCUGUAAAAAACCUCAAACCCCUAUGUUUUGCAGCUCUUCGAGCGACUUCUCGAUUCUCCAGCCGCUCAAAUUGAUCUCGAAUCAGUUCUUCACAUGUGUUCCACAAAUCCAAUUCAAAUACGCGAAGAAAUCGAUGUUCUUAUCGAUGAUUUCUUCCUUCGAAUUAAGAAAAGUCUGUUUGCCGGCAUUUCGACCGCAUUUUUGAGCAUACUUUUGCCAUGUGUUUUUGUACCGGUGAGCAUUUUUAAAUUUUCUAUUUGAAAAAUUAUUCCAAAAUCUGAAAUCUGUUUUCAGUUCCAAACGAGUCAAGGAAUCCCGCAAAAAAUUCUGAUCAACGAAUUUUGGGAAUAUCAACUUGGUUUAGUAGUUGGCCUAACUGCUUUCUCUCUUUAUAUGACAUAUUUGUUGCCGUUGAAUUAUUUGGAUUUGUUGCAUCGAGCUGCUGUUCAUUUGGGAACUUGGGAGAAUAUUCAAGGACCUAAAAUUGGACAUACUGGAUCUAUGAGGUGAAUUUGAAAGGGUUUUGCGGGGGAAAAUUUUGAAAACGAUCAGAAAAAUCAAAUUUUUUCAUAUAAAAAAAAUCAUUUUUAAAUCAUUUUUUCUAGAGUUUCAUAAAUUUGAUACCCAAAAUCUUCAUUGUUCGCCCAAAUUUCAAUUAUAUUUUCUAGUUCCCUUCCAUCUCCUUGGGUCGAAUUCAAUUUAUAUGCCGACGGUGAAACUGUUCAAAUGCCCGAUGGAAAAUGUUAUAAAGCAAAAUCAUCGCAAAUCAUCCGAACAACUGCGGCAAUUCCAGAAAAUUCCAAUCAUAAUUUGUUUUUUGUGAGUUUUUUCACCCUUAAAAGUUUCCCCUAAUGAUUUUUCUUGCAGAAAUGCCUCAAAAAACCAUCAAAUUUGAUAAAUGCAAUGUGCACCUUUGAAUUUCUUCUCAUUUUCAUUCAAUUUUGGAUGUUGGUUUUGACAAAUGAUUGGCAACAUAUUGUCACUUUUGUAUUGCUUAUGUUUGCCAAUUAUUUAUUGUUGGCAAAGUUGUUCAAGGAUAAGGUGAGUUUUUGAAUUUGAAAAUUGAUGAAAUAUAUGUUUCAGGCCUGUGCCGGAAAAUCGAAACCCGGAAAACGGAAAGUCGGAAAAUUUCCGGAUUUUUUGAACCGGAAAAUCCGGAAAAUUCGGAAAAUUUUUCAAAGUCCCUAAAUUGUAUUUUUAGAUACAAUUCUUCUAUUUUAGGACUUUUUACGUUCAAAAAAUCGUAAAAUUCAGAAAAAUUGGAAAAAAAUUUUCAAAAAAAAUUUUUUUGUAUCACAAACUGAGGAAAUUUCUCAAAAUUUAGGCAAUAUUGAAGAUAUUACUAUUAAAAAUCAUUUUCCGGAAUUUCCGACCAAAUUUUCCGGAAAACCGGAAAAUUAAUUUUUCCGUGAAAAAACCGGAAAAUCCGGAAAUUCGGAAAAUUCGGAAAAUUUCCGGCACAGGCCUGAUAUGUUUUCUAGUAGAUUUUGACUCAUAGAACUCUGAAAAUGAGUUAUGACGUGGCAAAAUUUGUGAAUUCACAAGCUUCAAAAUUGGUUCCAUGAAAUUAGAAUAGAAAAGAUUUUCAGAAAAAAUAGGAUUCUGAAAAUUUUCAUUGAUUACUUACUGUAUUUCGUUGAAUAAUUCCAAACUGCAAGGUAUACUGUAGCUCCCAAGCUGAAAAUACCAUUGUUUUUCGAACUGCAAGAAGUACGGUAUCUAACGCUGAAUCCAACAAGAAAACUAUGGUUAGAUACCGUACUUCUUGCAGUUCGAAAAAUACUGGCCUUUUCAGCUUGGGAGCACACCUGGAGAGACAGUGUCCAAAAAUUUUUGUACAGUGUGAAAUUUUUUCAAAAAAAAAUUGUGCAGCGUGAAAAUCUGAAGUUUUCGAGAAAAAAACUUCGCCGGCAAUAGGACUCGAACCCUGGUCUCAUGCAUGCCAGUCAAAACUGCUAUUCUCUCGGCCACAUCUCUCUUUUCUCCCGAGGGGAAAAUGUUGGUGGAAAAGGAAACUGUUUUCAAACGAAUGUGUUGCAACGUUGCUCAAAAUUUGAAGUUAGGAAAACUAAGCUUAGACUUGACGAACAUGUUUGAAUUUUUUAUGAUAGAUUGCUAAGGUCAUAGGCAGUGUGGAACACCAUGAGUGCAGUGUGGAAAUGCCCUAUUUCGCUGUUAUUUUGAAGUGUCCAUUUUGAUGGAAAAAUUGGCCACUGGAAAGAAUCGCGGGGCAUUUUUUAAUAAGGCAACCUCCGGGUUUGGUUUCUUCACAAAGUAGGGUUAUUUUUGUGUCUAGUUUUUGAAUCUACCCAUGUGCAGUGUGGAAAUUGAUUUUUAAAGUCACAUAUGAUGAAAAACAGUUUUUUACUGGACACUAUGUUUUUCUAGGCGAGUAAUCAAUUUCCACACUGCACAUGGAGUUCCAAUUAGAUAACAGACUGUCUAGAAACUAUAUUCAUUUUAAAAAUGAAGAUUUAUUAAAGUAUAACCUUGUUUGUUAUAGUGUGAAAAAAUUGAAAAAAAAAUAAAAAAUUGCUUCGUUGAGCAAAACCGAACCCAUGACCUUGUGAUUGAGGGCGCAGCGUCUUAGCCACUCGGACAACUGUGUGUUUUUAUUUGAGAAGAGAAAUGUUGGUGAAAAGGAAACAGGUGAUUUUUUUUCGAAAAAAAUACAGUGUGACUUUUGAAAAAAAUGUACAGUGUCCAUUUUGGACACGUCUCGUCAGGUGUGCUUGGGAGCUACAGUAUACCUUGCAGUUUGGAAAUGUUCAACUAAAUACAGUAAGUAAUCAAUGAAAAUAUUUCAGAAAUCAUCCGGAACCAAUUUUGAAUCUUGUGAAAUCACAAAUUUUGCCACGUCAUAACUCAUAAUCAGAGUUGAGCUAAGUAGUUUUUGAUAACAGUUUUUGGGGCUAUGAUCAAUGGGCCAAAAUCUACGAAAAAGUUAUUUCAUCUAAGCCCCGCCCCCAAAACGAUGCCGCAAAAUUGCAGAUAAUAAUCGGUCGAAUUUACAAUCCGUCACAAGAAGAUCUUCUACUUAUGCAACAAUUACAUGCUGGACUCGUCAAACCGAAAUAA